AUGAGUUCCUCUCCAGCCGUGGAGUCGUCGACACCAGCGCCAUCUUCGCCAGCGGUUCGCCUGCCGGACUACACGCAUUUUCAAACCUCCACGCCAAAUUAUUUAAAGAAGACGCACCAGCCUCUGAACGUGGUUCUGUCAAGUUCAGCACCAUCCUCUCCACCAGUUUACGGUGAGCCAACGCUUACCCCUCCACCCCGGUCCCCGGGUGCACCCUUAUCGACUCCUGCUUCAGGUGACCGAGCCCAACCGCCCGACGGCACAUCUUCAGACAAGUCCUCAGAAACGGCGGUAGGUGUAUCAAGGAACUCAAGCACGGCGUUGUCUCGGAAAGAGAGUUAUAAAGCGCAAAGACAACAUUAUAGGAAAGAGAAGAAGAGAGCCGCUACAGCACUUCUGCACUCGAUAGAGGAUCCCUCGGUUGUGGUGUUGGCUGAUUGGUUGAAGGUCCGGGGUUCGCUAAAAUCAUGGACUAAGCUGUGGUGCGUUCUCAAACCUGGUCUUUUACUGUUGUACAAGAGUCCAAAGGCAAAGAGAAGUCAUUGGGUCGGUACUGUUCUGCUGACGUCGUGUCAGGUCAUCGAAAGACCAAGCAAAAAGGACGGAUUUUGCUUCAAACUCUACCAUCCGUUGGAGCAAAGCAUUUGGGCACCGAGAGGACCUCACAACGAGACUAUAGGUGCAGUGGUCCAACCGUUACCAACAGCACACUUAAUAUUCCGAGCGCCAUCGCAAGCGGCGGGUCACUGCUGGCUGGAUGGUCUCGAAUUGGCUCUACGGUGCAGCAAUGCUAUGCUCAGAUGUUCCCGCUCACGACCUGAACAAACGGUAGAAGCGGACGCACCCUCAACCCAAACGAAUAUAUCGCACGAAGAACUAGAGAAACAUUUUAAUGAACACGGAUUCAGGCUCGAUUCCACCAUAUCAACACCCGCAAAAUCACUUAAACGAUCAUCAUCAAGCGAUAACAUAAAAAACCUGAAUGUAAAACAAAUUCGCCAUAGAAGUCUCACAUCCAGCCCAAUGGCGCUGGAAAUGUUUAAACGCUCGCCGAUACUAAAGUUAUUCGAUAUCCCCAAAAUAAAAUUUCGCGAGUCCUUCGAAGAGAAGUACAAUAGACGUAGUUCAACGCCAUCCAUUAGAAAAAGUCGUGUUAAAAAGCGGACCUUGAGAGAGUCCGGCGUCAAAACUGACUCGGAAGAUGACGGUCAUAAGGUGAAAAUGAGGUUUUUUGGGGCGUCCGAGGUUAUAUGUAAUACGCCGGAGAAUAUUUUGAUUACGAAAACUGCGCCCUCCAAUGAGAGGUUCAGGGACACGACCACGUCCUCGUCUGAUGACGUUCCCAGUAACUGUAGUAGACGGACGACACCGUACAAAAAAUAUUCACUAAUAGAUUACACCAAGUUGCCAUCAGCCAGCUUUGAGGCAUCUCAAACUGGUAAAAGGGACGACAGAAUUUCCCAAAACAGCGUGUACAUAGCUGGAAAAAUUGUCGCUAACGGUAAAUGGAUUCAGCUAAAUUUUGCGUGUAUGCCAAAAAAUUGA